GACGCCGCGCUGAAGCCCGACAACGCUCUACUCCAUCUCUGCCUUCACACCAGACAGGUUCUCAAUCACUUAUUAAUUCCGAGUGUCGAAAAUACUCGAACUGAAACAUCGCUUAGCCCGUUAAUCGACAGCCAUUGUUCCUCCCCUGAACAGAGGUGCAAGAAGCGACAGGCCUAGAAACCCAAGUUUCAGUGACAAGAGAGGAGACUUGACAUCCUGCCUCCCACACGAUGGAGAUGACCAACCACGUAUCAAACCACGUUGACCAUAACAACCACGCCUCAAACAUCGCCAACUCCUUCCCAAAUCACGUAAACAAUGACAACUGUGCUUACGAAGACCACGUCACCAAUCAUUCCAAACACAACAGCCACGCCUACGACAACCACAUAUGUGAUCUCAGCCACGAGAAUCAUACCGACAGUCAAGUUAACAAAGACCGAGAUCGUCGUGUUGUGUUGAUAGGGAGUGGGGACAUGUCUCGUGCGUUAGUGGGGAAUCUUGUCCGUGCUGGCUACUACCCAGUCAUCGCCUCCAGGAACCCCACCAGAGCCAGGUCGUGGGUGAGCAGCGAGGAGGUGAAGGUGCGGGAACUGAAGGAAGGGAUAGGACUAGGGGACCUGUUGGUGGUAGCUAUCCCCGCCCACUACCACAACUCCCUCCCCGUACACCACCUAGCAGGCAAGAUUAUCGUGGACAUCAGCAACAGGUCGCCAGGCAAGCAGACCAGCGAGGUGAGCCUGGCGGAGCAGCUGCAGGACAUAAUACCACACAGCCACGUGGUCAAGGCCUUCAACACCAUGUCGGCCUACGUCCUUCAGCGAUCCGACUUGCAGGGCGGCAGACAGGUACCUGUGUGUGGGAACUCGUCAGAGGCGCGGGCGAAGGUGAUGACGCUGGUGAGGGACAUGGGACUCACGCCCGUGGACAUGGGCGGCCUCAAGAAUGCCCGCACCUUGGAGGAGCUGCCACUAUCCUUCUUCCCAGAGUGGAAAGUUCCCGUAAUUGUGGCCGCCAUCGUCUUGUCCCUUUUCUGGGUUCUAAUGCUCUUCAGGAUACAGAUUUGUCCUAAUUUAGACAGUGGCUCAGCCUGGAACUGGCAACCAUUCCAAACGCUGCUGCUCAACAACACUCAAUUCUCGCUGGCAUUUACCGCCUGCUUCCUGCUGCUCACCUGUUAUUUCCCAGGGUUGAUAGCAGCGUAUCUGCAGCUGUGGAGAGGAACCAAGUACUCUUCCUUCCCAGCCUGGCUUGAUGUAUGGCUCAGGGCACGUAAACAGCUGGGACUACUGGCUCUACUGCUGGGAGCCACACAUGCGUGUAUGGCUAUAUUUACCAAGAUCAGCUGGGGACAGUACGAGGUGUGGUGGCAGUCUCUCUACGUGGCCUGUGGUGCCAUCCUGUUGGCAGCGAUGUCCAUUCUGGGCAUCUCCUCACUGCCCUCCGUGUCGGACAGGCUGACGUGGCGAGAGUUCUCGGGGCUGCAGCGUUACCUGGGUUGGUUUUCUGUAGUGGUGGUUACGAUGCAUCUCACCCUCGUUAACAUCACAAGCCUUCUCAGUCCUCUGCAAUGUUUCUUCCUACCUGGAGGUGCACAGAUUAUGAUUCCUUUGUGCUUCCUGACGUUACUUCUUAAACUUCCGCUUAUCCUGCCAUGUGUGGACUCCCACCUGACGAAGAUCCGAGGAGGAUAUGAGAGAUCAGGUCGUCAGGCAGCUCCUCGCCAAGACGGAAAAUUAGAAGUCUAAGCUCACGGAAUUACUGGCGUAAAUUAGAGAAGAGAAAUGGUAAUUGGCUUAAACUCCCCAAAACGUGUAAGUGGGGGCAUAAAUUCACGGAUUAAACUCAUCCAAAUAAACAGCUGGUGGCAUAAACCUGGAAUUGGCAACUUUAUACAAGAUUAGAUUUAGUAGUUGACUCGCAAGAGCAAGAAAAGUGUUGCAUAAACUCAUUCAGUUAAAUAUGCCAGUUCUAAGAAUGAGUGGUUUUAACUCUCCUGUUUAUUCAUGAUUUUUAUCACACAUGCAUAAGAAACACCAUUUGUUGUA